AUGCUUUCACAUGGCCAGACAACCUCAAACAUCACUCAAGGCUUCUUCGUAGCUCUCGUACUCGACCUCCAACACUCAUCUGAUCCAGCUUCAACGAAGCAAUCCGUCGUGCUGAGUUCGCAGACUUCAUCCCUGUCCCUAGUAGUAACACCAACAUCAACGCCGUUCAUCCAAUCUCGAAUGACUUGGCUGCGUGAGGAGCUGAUCCCGCGAGAGCGGCAGGAUGUCCGUAGCCACGUCGUCGCCAUCACCCGCAACAACGCCCGGUUCUCCGAGCGUUUCGUUGCUGCUGUUACAAUCACCUUGGCGAAUAUUGACAGCCUGAGCGCCCAAAACCCUACUCGUCCCAACACUGGUUCGACGAACAACUAUCAUUCUCCUCGUCACGUGCGUCUCUUUGUCGUGGAGGAAGUCAUUGGUUCAGGCACUUUAUCGCCGCGUGCAGGUGGGGUUUGCGGAGUAACUCGCACAAUGUCAGCUGAGAUUCCGGGUCGACUUCAGUCAGAUGGUCGUUCGUAUGUGCCUCGGCGCCUCACUGUUAACUCCAUCGCAAACAGUGCGCGUGAUCGAGAGCUUUCGGAGCGAUUCGAGCACGAAGCUCGAAUGGCUCGACGUGUUCAGCGACAGAUUAGGCUUCGUCGAGAUGCUUCUUCCCUUCGUCUGAUUCCUUUGUUCCGAGCGCUACCAGUGCAGCCUGAGUCUGGUGACUGCGUGCUUCAGGGCAACAACGAGGUGCUUCGUUUUGGUCCUCAUGGGCAUUGGCAUCGCUAUCUUCAGCCAUAUGACCCGCAUCAUGGCGGCGGCGGCGUUUACCUUGUCGAGGGUGCAUAG